UUAAAGCUCUUCCACUGAGCACAGCACUUUGGCAGUCUAACUAGAUUCUUCAGCAUGGGUUUCAUCAGAGCGGUGGCUGCUGUAGUCUUGUUAGCUGUGCUUGGCCAGGCAGCAGUAGUGACUGAGAAUGGUCUUCCUAUCCAGUGGGACAAAGCCCCAAAUGAGCUUUCCCAGCUGCCCACACUCGACGGGGUGAUCCAGGUAAAACCAUGGGACUACUUACAGAGAAUGGCCUUGUACAAGUUGAUGAUCAAUUCUACUGAUCCCUACAUGAGCUCCAUGGGCCCUGGAGAGAAAGAGAGUCCUCUGUGGAGUCUUCCUCUGCAGCUGGGCUGGAAGCUCAGAUCAGGCCGGCUGACUGACCCAAGCCCUGGCAGUAGCAGCACUUGUGGAUUGGAAAGUUCAGAGCCGGUUUGCAUCUCUCAUCAGAGCUGGUAUGCAUGUAUGAACUACUACCUGUCCGUGCUUCCCUUCCUGGCAGCAGUACAGACAGGUGUAGUUGGGAAGGGUGAGACUCAGCUGCACAUCCAGGCUCCAGAAGAGGUGGCUCAAGAUUAUUGCUCCAGUUACACAGACUGUUCCACCAAAUAUUCAGAUGCCAUGACUAAGUGGGAAACAUUUUUCCAGUCUUUGCAGCACAUCAGUAACGCUGACGACACAGAUUUCAACAAGAAGGACAAGAUUCUUGGACUUCUUUGGGCAGCAGAAGAGGCAUCUCUACAAACUGCUUCCGUGGCUUGCAGUGAAAGGCAGAAGUUGUACUCGUCUCCUGAGGUGCGCUUUGGACAGGGCUGGCUCAACUCCGCAGCAUAUGUAGCAGCUGCUCAUUUCCAUGCCAACAUUGAGAAGUCAGAAAAGUACAUGGCUCCUCUGCCGAGCAGAGUGCUGCAGGAGUCUGAUAGCCCACCCAACAUUCCCGAUCUCAGCGCUGAAGAGAACCACGCACUCCACAUCUUCGGCUGGAUGAACCGUGUGAAUCAACUGCUUGGUGGUUCCCUCGUGAAUCUUUGGCGGAGAGCAAUGUGUUCACCUCAGGCUCGGGAGAAAGGUCAAGGCCUUCUUCAUGACCUCAUUCUUGACCCCAAGUUCCCUGGUACCAGUCUGAUGGCAAUCCUGACUGAGAUGACCACCAGCUGCUGACACAUCAUCUGUUAACACUGUUAACAUUCUCUAAUAAAUAUAACAACUGGGUAGAAUAAACUAGCUGUAAAUAAGAGCUUUGUACAUCAAACAGCUUAUUAAUCUGCAGAUGUUGGCUGUGUCUACAACACCGCAGCAUCCCAGAUAUUUUACCAUGACAGUCAGUGUAAACAUACAUAAUUAGUAUCUUUAACAAAAUAAAAACUGAAAAAAAUAAAUAAAUAAAUCAAA